CAGUAAAUACUGUAGACCAGAGGCGGGGUUUGACCCGCUCUGAAAACAUCUCUAAUCCAGUAUUUCAGGUAGCGACUAGACUCACUACCGCCGCGCAUCAACUCCAGUCCCGCCGACAGACCAGCAACCGUGGACCACAGGGUUUACGCGCUCAAGUUAAACACAGUGAAAGCCCAAGACUUACCUCGGGAAGUAAGACGACAAAUGGAAUGAACUAAAGCUGUUUCUACUUUUGUGAUCAACUAACAAUUUCCGCCGUCAGACCCUCACCAACGCCUCCCAUCCAGAUGACUGUUUCCUCAGGUUUAUUAGCCUACAGAUUCCAAAGGACAAUAUUAAUCACAACAUUUUCUGUGGAUUUCAAACAAGCACAAGGAAGUUUGGUUUAUUCGCCUUUCAAAUGGGCUCCGGUGCUGUGCGAUGCUGAGAUGGACACUCCUGGAGAGGGCGUGGUCUCUGACAGGCUGAUUUCUCUCAGCCAAUCAGAAUCAGCAGGGUGGCCAUGACCUCAACGUCCCGCAGGACAUUGGCGGCUACACCGUUUCUACUCAGGCAUCUGAACGGACACCUACAACAACAUUACUAUACAUCAAAGCCUUUUCUGAUCAGGCAUCUGGGCAUCUGAACGGACACCUACAACAACAUUAAUAUACAUCAAAGCCUUUUCUGAUCUCCUGGGAUUACUGACUGUGGACUCCACCCCAAUACACACAGUACCUCAGUGUGUGUGAGUGUGUGCUGAAUUCUCCAAAACACACCCACACACACGCACGCUCUCGGUGUGGUUGUGUGUUGUGUGUGACUGCGCGCUCUCCGUGUGGUUGUGUGCGGCGUAUUCCCGGUGUGUGUGUGUGUGGUGUGUGUGACUGCGGGCGCCCAUGUGUGCCCACCUUGCGGCAGCUGCCAGUGGAGUGACGUAGGCUCUGCCCGUGACCUCUGACCCUGCGCCAUGGCGUGGGUGAAGUUCUUCCGACGGCCAGCGGGGGGGAACCUGGCCAAGUCGUACCAGCCGGGCAGCAUGCUGUCCCUCGCGCCCACCAAGGGGCUACUCAACGAGCCCGGCCAGAACAGCUGCUUCCUCAACAGCGCUGUGCAGGUACUGUGGCAUAUGGACAUCUUCAGACGUAGUCUUCGGCAGCUGCCCAACCACGACUGCCACGGAGAGUCCUGCAUCUUCUGUGCACUAAAGGGCAUCUUCAGUCAGUUCCAGCACAGCCGUGAGCGGGCACUGCCCUCUGAUAACCUGCGCCAUGCGCUGGCAGAGACCUUCAAGGACGAACAGCGCUUCCAGCUCGGCGCCAUGGACGACGCCGCAGAGUGCUUCGAGAACAUUCUGGAACGGAUCCACCUGAACAUCGUCCCCGACGCAGACAUCGACUCCUGCACCUCCAAGUCCUGCAUCACUCACCAGAAGUUUGCCAUGACUCUCUACGAACAGUCUGUAUGCCGGAGCUGUGGAGCCUCUUCUGACCCGCUGCCCUUUACUGAGCUGGUCCACUACGUCUCUACAACUGCCCUCUGUCAUCAGGCGUACGACCGACGUGAGGAACGUUUGAGGUCAGACGACAUGUUCGGAGAGCUGCUCCAGGCUGCUAGCACCAUCGGGGACCUGAGGAACUGCCCGAGUAACUGCGGGUCAAAUGGAUUAAGAUCCGCUCAGCUGAUGAACUCUCCUGAGAUCGUCACCAUUGGAUUCGUCUGGGACUCGGAGCAGUCUGACCUCACCGAGGAUGUCAUCAGAGCCCUUGGACCACACCUCAGCCUCUCCGGGCUGUUCUACCGCGUGACUGAUGACCAGGCCAAGCGUAGCGACCUUCAGCUGGUGGGAAUGAUCUGCUUCUCCAGUCGCCACUACUGCGCCUUCGCCUUCCACACCAAAUCCGCCAAGUGGGUCUUUUUCGACGACGCCACUGUCAAAGAGGUGGGCCCACGCUGGAAGGACGUGGUGUCUAAGUGCAUUAAGGGCCACUUCCAGCCCCUGCUGCUGUUCUACUCCAACCCUGAAGGGAGCGCCGUCAUGUCCGAUGACCCAGCCCAGCAGAGACCUGCCAGCACCGCCCGGAACCACCACAAGAACCCUGCUAACGGAGACGCCACAGAUGUUCCGCAGCCCCCACUGAAGAGGCUGGAGCUGACCCGGGAGAACGUGAGCGCCCUCAUAGCGGGCCAUGGAACCUUGAGAACCCAGAAGGCGCCAACGUCCCUCUUCAGCCGCGGCAGCAACCAGACCAGUGGUGGCAGAGGACCUGUGAAGGUGUCCGGUGACCCCCAGAGCCGCAUCAGGGAGCUGUCCCGAGAGGUGGCCCAGCGGGCAGGAGAGCUGAGGGCUGCCGGCCUCGCCAAGAAGGACUCCGAGAGAGCCGACCGAUCGCACCGACGCCACGAGACGCUACGCCACAGAGAUGUGCACCAGGACAGAGCUCUGUCCCGCUCGCUGUCUCCUCCAGAGAGCGGCUUCCAGCAGGUGGAGCAGCGCCUGUACAGCAGCCAGGGCCGAGGGCCGACCCGAGUGGGCCACACACACACACAGACACACACCCACUCUGGCGGAGGGCCGGGGCACUACAGCCGCAGGGCGGAGCCUGCUAAUGCUAACGCUAAUGCUAACGGCUACGACACGGAUAGCAGCCAGGACUCCCGCGGUCGCCACAGCGGCCACAUCGCCGCCGAGAGCCGCGCCAACAACCGCGCCUGGCGUCCGGAUCAGCUCGCUGCGCGGCCACAGCCGCCCAACACAGAGGCCCUGGAGCUGGAGCGCAAGCCCAAGAGCGACCAUCUGGUGACCAUCUACGAGGAGGAGCAGCGGAGCGCCGUGCUGGGCAGUCGCAGCUCGCUGGACUCCGACGGACGCGGCGGCGGCUACGAGCGGCCCAAGGUCCGCAACGAGGCUACGAGCAGCCUGCAGGUACGAGGCAACGAGGCGUGGAAGAUCCAGCGCACGGAGUCGGGCUACGAGAGCAGUGACCGCCUCAGCAACGGCUCCGCCAGCCUGGACUCGCCCGUGGUGGACAGCUUAGGCGCCAAAGACCUCCGGCCCAUCCCAGAGAUCCAUACCCCGCGGGAUGCCCUCAGGCGCUAUGACGACUCAAAGGCAGAGAUUCUACAUGCUGCAUUCACCUAUGGUCAGCAUACUGUGAAAUCACAUGACCUUCAGUCCAGUCCCAGCCUGCACAGGCAGCGAGCGUUCCGGUACACCCCCCGAGGUGCAGAGCUGGAGGGGGAGGUGCUGCCUCUGCCCAAGACCAGCAGCUCCGAGUGCAACAGUUCCGACGAGCUGACCGGUCCCUCCUCCGAGCUGGAUGACGCACUGCUGCGCUACGACGACGUCCUGCGUCGCUAUGGCAACGAUGACGCGGUUCCCCUCGUCCAGCGACACGCCUCCUCCUCUUCCUCCUCCUCCUCCUCGCACCACUCCCCGGCCCCGCCUCCUACUCAACCUAAGCCACUCCCCCUCUCCCCACGAUUGGACCGGAUCAACCGGAACGGGCGAUGGGCGGAGUCUGAGGUGCCGGAGCCACGCCCCCCCUCGUCUGACGGCAGCUGGCGGUCCGGUUCUGGUUCUGACCCGGAGAGGACGGAGCAGUCGGCCAGCGAGGGGGACGAGGAGCGGCAGGACGCCUCACCACACACACACCCUCACACACGCGGCCAUGCGGCCGCCCCAGACCCCGCCCCCCCCACGGCCCAGCCCACCACCUACUUCUCCGUGGAUACGUGCAUGACGGACACCUACCGCGCCAAAUACCACAAGCGCAGGCCGGCCCUCUACAUGAUGGCCGACGCCCAGGGGGAGGAGCCAAGCUCGUCAGGGGAGAGUGACCACGGGGAGGAGGCAAGCCCCACCCCCUCAGAGACGCAGCCGUCUGACUCUGUCAGACCCAAACCUGAAGCAGGCUACACCAGCAACAAGGCAGCGGUGAAGUGGAACCCAGUGUCCUUUAAAGGUCUGGACGAGCAUGGCUUCCUGUGAACACACACACACACACAGAGAUGAUGAAUGUGUUACCAGGACAUUUGCACAGCGCCAAGGAAGAGAUCUUCACACACCGCCUGCGUCACUUUGUCCAGUUCCGUCAGCAGUGAGAUUAUUUAAGAGCUUGUUGAGAUUACGGUGAUUGAAACAAAUCACAACCAACUUUGAAACGUUACACUCCGCCACGCGAGAACCUAAACCGCUCUGCAUCCCCCAAGAACCGCCACACGAGAACCUAAACCGCUCGGCACCCCCCAAGAACCGCCACGCGAGAACCUAAACCGCUCGGCACCCUUCACCCCCACGCUUCGGUUCAGUCCCGUCCUGAAGUCUUUCCUCUCUGUGCAGAAGAUGAUCUGAUCCGAUUCUAAAGUCUUUCCUCUCUGUGCAGAAGAUGAUCUGAUUCUAAAGUCUUUCCUCUCUGUGCAGAGGAUGAUCUGAUCUGAUUCUAAAGUCUUUCCUCUCUCUGCAGAAGAUGAUCUGAUUCUAAAGUUUUUUCUGAUCUGUAAAUGAUCUAGGCAUGUCUGAUCUUUUAAACUCUAGGCAUGUCUGAUUACCUUUGAACUCUAGAGGUGUCCGUCUCUUUUGGGACAGGUGUACAUUUGUAGGGUCUGUCCCUCGGCUAGUUGGACUUUUGCUGUAUAUGUGGCAUAUUUUAUUUUUGUUCAGUAUGUUUUGUAUGUAGCCCCAAAUGACACUGGACAGUGCCUUAUUUUCUAUGGAAAGAUGAUUUAAAAUAGGUGUUACCAUUUGUAAAAAUGUGUACCUUUUUAGAUGCUUUUGUAUGACUAAUUUCAUUUUUAUUGAUCAACAGCUGUUUAAUAAAAUAUUUUAUGUAAUCAUA